UCAGUCAUGCUCUCCUUUUUGUUACAUUGGAAGGCGAGCAAGCAUUAGAGCGGUGUACAGUGUGGAUCAGCGCCACCCUUUGCUAUAAUCAGAAAGACGGGAAGGGGAGCAGAGCCCCCCCAACCUCCUGAGUUCCACCCCUUCCCCAGGGGAUUUUUAUCUGAUUUUGUGUAUAACCUCGCCCGAGAGCAGUGGAGAGGAAAGGUCUGGGUACCAGGAGCUUGCAUUUCAAAGGUGCCAGCUCCCUGUCAGGAGACCGCUGUCCAAAGGUCCUGUGAAGAUGUCCACUCCAGACCCACCCCUGGGCGGAACUCCUCGGCCAGGCCCUUCCCCAGGCCCAGGCCCCUCCCCAGGAGCCAUGUUGGGUCCUAGCCCUGGUCCCUCCCCUGGCUCUGCCCACAGCAUGAUGGGGCCCAGUCCGGGCCCUCCUUCAGCAGGACACCCUAUCCCAAGCCAGGGGCCUGGAGGGUACCCUCAGGACAACAUGCACCAGAUGCACAAGCCAAUGGAAUCCAUGCAUGAGAAGGGCAUGUCGGAUGACCCUCGCUACAGCCAGAUGAAGGGCAUGGGGAUGCGGACUGGGGGCCACGCAGGGAUGGGGCCUCCUCCGAGCCCCAUGGACCAGCACUCCCAAGGUUACCCCUCACCACUGGGUGGCUCUGAGCAUGCUUCUAGUCCAGUUCCAGCCAGUGGCCCGUCCUCAGGCCCACAGAUGUCGUCCGGGCCAGGAGGGGCGCCGCUGGAUGGUGCUGACCCCCAGGCUUUGGGACAGCAGAACCGGGGCCCAACACCGUUUAACCAGAACCAACUGCACCAGCUCAGAGCUCAGAUCAUGGCCUAUAAGAUGCUCGCCAGGGGGCAGCCCCUGCCCGACCACCUGCAGAUGGCGGUGCAGGGUAAGCGGCCGAUGCCCGGGAUGCAGCAGCAGGUGCCAACACUACCUCCGCCCUCUGUGUCUGCAACAGGACCCGGCCCUGGCCCUGGGCCUGGGCCUGGGCCUGGCCCGGGACCAGCACCUCCAAAUUACAGCAGGCCCCACGGUAUGGGAGGGCCCAACAUGCCCCCCCCAGGACCCUCAGGUGUGCCCCCCGGGAUGCCAGGCCAACCCCCUGGAGGGCCUCCCAAGCCCUGGCCUGAAGGACCCAUGGCAAAUGCUGCUGCCCCCACGAGCACACCUCAGAAGCUGAUCCCCCCUCAGCCCACAGGCCGUCCCUCACCCGCGCCCCCUGCUGUCCCGCCUGCCGCCUCUCCUGUGAUGCCGCCCCAGACGCAGUCGCCGGGUCAGCCGGCCCAGCCUGCACCCAUGGUACCGCUGCACCAGAAGCAGAGCCGCAUCACCCCCAUCCAGAAACCCCGGGGCCUGGACCCUGUGGAGAUUCUGCAGGAGCGGGAGUACAGGCUGCAGGCUCGCAUCGCUCACCGAAUUCAGGAACUUGAAAACCUACCCGGGUCGCUGGCCGGGGAUUUGCGAACCAAAGCAACCAUUGAGCUCAAGGCCCUCAGGCUGCUGAACUUCCAGAGGCAGCUGCGGCAGGAAGUGGUGGUGUGUAUGAGGAGGGACACAGCCCUCGAGACGGCCCUCAAUGCCAAGGCCUACAAGCGCAGCAAGCGGCAGUCCCUGCGCGAGGCGCGCAUCACUGAGAAGCUGGAGAAGCAGCAGAAGAUUGAGCAGGAGCGCAAGCGCAGGCAGAAGCACCAGGAAUACCUCAACAGCAUUCUUCAGCAUGCCAAGGAUUUCAAAGAGUAUCACCGAUCGGUCACAGGCAAAAUUCAGAAACUCACGAAGGCAGUGGCCACGUACCAUGCCAACACAGAAAGGGAACAGAAGAAGGAAAAUGAAAGAAUCGAGAAGGAGAGGAUGCGGAGGCUCAUGGCGGAAGAUGAGGAAGGGUAUCGCAAGCUCAUUGACCAGAAGAAGGACAAGCGCUUGGCCUACCUCUUGCAGCAGACGGAUGAGUACGUGGCUAACCUCACGGAGUUGGUGCGGCAACACAAGGCCGCCCAGGUUGCCAAGGAGAAAAAGAAGAAGAAGAAAAAGAAGAAGGCAGAAAAUGCGGAAGGACAGACGCCUGCAAUAGGACCUGAUGGCGAGCCUCUGGACGAGACCAGCCAAAUGAGCGACCUGCCUGUGAAGGUGAUCCAUGUGGAGAGCGGGAAGAUCCUCACAGGCACGGAUGCCCCCAAAGCGGGGCAGCUGGAGGCCUGGCUUGAGAUGAACCCGGGGUAUGAAGUUGCUCCAAGAUCUGAUAGUGAAGAAAGUGGCUCAGAAGAAGAGGAAGAGGAGGAGGAGGAGGAACAGCCACAGCCAGCACAGCCUCCUGCCCUACCUGUGGAGGAGAAGAAGAAGAUUCCAGAUCCGGACAGUGAUGACGUCUCUGAGGUGGAUGCCCGGCACAUCAUUGAGAAUGCCAAGCAAGAUGUUGAUGAUGAGUAUGGUGUGUCCCAGGCCCUUGCACGUGGCCUGCAGUCCUAUUAUGCUGUGGCCCAUGCUGUCACCGAGAGAGUGGAUAAGCAGUCAGCGCUUAUGGUCAAUGGUGUCCUCAAACAGUACCAGAUCAAGGGUUUGGAGUGGCUGGUGUCCCUGUACAAUAACAACCUGAACGGCAUCCUGGCUGACGAGAUGGGCCUGGGAAAGACCAUCCAGACCAUCGCACUCAUCACGUACCUCAUGGAGCACAAGCGCAUCAAUGGCCCCUUCCUCAUCAUCGUACCCCUCUCGACACUGUCAAACUGGGCGUACGAAUUUGACAAGUGGGCCCCCUCUGUGGUGAAAGUGUCCUACAAGGGCUCUCCAGCAGCCAGGCGGGCUUUUGUGCCGCAACUCCGGAGUGGCAAGUUCAACGUCUUGCUAACAACGUACGAGUACAUCAUUAAAGACAAGCACAUCCUUGCAAAGAUCCGAUGGAAGUACAUGAUCGUGGAUGAAGGCCACCGCAUGAAGAACCACCACUGCAAGCUGACGCAGGUCCUCAACACGCACUACGUGGCCCCCCGCCGCCUGCUGCUGACAGGCACGCCGCUGCAGAACAAGCUCCCUGAGCUCUGGGCACUCCUCAACUUUCUGCUGCCCACCAUCUUCAAGAGCUGUAGCACCUUUGAACAGUGGUUCAAUGCGCCUUUUGCCAUGACCGGAGAAAAGGUGGACCUGAACGAGGAAGAGACCAUUCUCAUCAUUCGUCGUCUCCACAAAGUGUUAAGGCCCUUCCUGCUCCGGCGGCUCAAGAAAGAGGUUGAGGCUCAGUUGCCUGAGAAGGUGGAGUACGUCAUCAAGUGCGACAUGUCUGCCCUGCAGCGUGUGCUGUACCGGCACAUGCAGGCCAAGGGUGUGCUGCUGACCGAUGGCUCCGAGAAGGACAAGAAGGGCAAAGGUGGCACCAAAACCCUGAUGAACACCAUCAUGCAGCUGCGGAAGAUCUGUAACCACCCGUACAUGUUUCAGCACAUCGAGGAGUCCUUUUCCGAGCACCUGGGGUUUACCGGCGGCAUUGUCCAAGGGCUGGACCUGUACCGAGCCUCAGGGAAAUUUGAACUCCUUGAUAGAAUUUUGCCCAAACUUCGUGCCACCAACCAUAAAGUGCUGCUUUUCUGUCAGAUGACCUCCCUCAUGACGAUCAUGGAAGAUUAUUUUGCAUAUCGUGGCUUUAAAUACCUCAGGCUCGAUGGAACCACAAAAGCAGAGGAUCGGGGCAUGCUGCUGAAAACCUUCAAUGAGCCCGGCUCCGAGUACUUCAUCUUCCUGCUCAGCACCCGGGCCGGCGGGCUCGGCCUGAACCUCCAGUCGGCUGACACUGUGAUCAUUUUUGACAGUGACUGGAACCCCCACCAGGACCUGCAAGCGCAGGACCGAGCCCACCGCAUUGGUCAGCAAAACGAGGUGCGCGUGCUCCGCCUCUGCACGGUCAACAGUGUGGAGGAGAAGAUUCUGGCCGCAGCCAAGUACAAGCUCAAUGUUGACCAGAAGGUGAUCCAGGCUGGCAUGUUUGACCAGAAGUCCUCCAGCCACGAGAGGCGCGCCUUCCUGCAGGCCAUCCUGGAGCACGAGGAGCAGGACGAGAGCAGACACUGCAGCACGGGCAGCGGCAGUGCCAGCUUCGCCCACACUGCCCCUCCGCCAGCGGGCGUCAACCCCGACUUGGAGGAGCCACCUCUAAAGGAAGAAGACGAAGUGCCCGAUGACGAGACUGUGAAUCAGAUGAUUGCUCGGCACGAAGAGGAGUUUGACCUGUUCAUGCGCAUGGACCUGGACCGCAGGCGUGAGGAAGCCCGCAACCCCAAGCGGAAGCCUCGUCUGAUGGAGGAGGAUGAGCUCCCCUCGUGGAUCAUCAAGGACGACGCUGAGGUGGAACGGCUGACCUGCGAGGAGGAAGAGGAGAAGAUGUUUGGCCGUGGCUCCCGCCACCGCAAGGAGGUGGACUACAGCGACUCGCUGACCGAGAAGCAGUGGCUCAAGGCCAUCGAGGAGGGCACGCUGGAGGAGAUCGAAGAGGAGGUCCGGCAGAAGAAAUCAUCGCGGAAACGCAAGCGGGACAGUGACGCCGGCUCCUCCACCCCGACCACCAGCACCCGCAGCCGCGACAAAGACGAGGAGAGCAAGAAGCAAAAGAAGCGCGGACGGCCGCCUGCCGAGAAGCUCUCCCCCAACCCACCAAACCUCACCAAGAAGAUGAAGAAGAUUGUGGAUGCCGUGAUCAAGUAUAAGGACAGUAGUAGUGGACGUCAGCUCAGCGAGGUGUUCAUCCAGCUGCCCUCCCGCAAGGAGCUGCCCGAGUAUUACGAGCUCAUCCGCAAACCUGUGGACUUCAAGAAGAUAAAGGAGCGCAUCCGCAACCACAAGUACCGCAGCCUCAACGAUUUGGAGAAGGACGUCAUGCUGCUGUGCCAGAACGCGCAGACCUUCAACCUGGAGGGCUCCCUGAUCUACGAAGACUCCAUUGUCCUGCAGUCCGUUUUCACCAGUGUGCGCCAGAAAAUAGAGAAAGAGGAUGACAGUGAAGGCGAGGAGAGUGAGGAGGAAGAAGAGGGCGAGGAGGAAGGCUCGGAGUCUGAGUCCCGCUCAGUCAAAGUGAAGAUCAAGCUGGGCCGGAAGGAGAAGGCGCAGGAUCGGCUGAAGGCGGGCCGGCGGCGGCCAAGCCGUGGGUCCCGGGCCAAGCCAGUGGUGAGUGACGAUGACAGUGAGGAGGAGCAGGAAGAGGAUCGCUCAGGAAGUGGCAGCGAAGAAGACUGAACCUGACAUUCCAGAGUCUCGACCGUGAGCCCCCUCGUCCCAGAGCCGAGGCAGCAUAGCCCUUAGCAGUAACGGGUAGCAGCAGAUGUAGUUUCAGACAUGGAGUAAACUGUAUAAACGAAAACCUUCCAUAUUUAUACGGCAGAGAAGAUGUAGGACUGUUUGUGUCUGGUCCUGUCCUGGCAUCAGUAGCGUUCGUUAACAGCAUUAACUGUUUAAAAUGACAAAAAAGAAUUAUGAAUUGAGGAACACACGACACCUGUUUUUCUUUUCCUUCCCUGGCAGUACUGUUGCGGCCGCAGUUUGGAAUCACUGUAGUUUAAGCCGUGGAUGCAUGUGUGUAGCCGUCCACUCCUUGUACUGUAUUUUAUUGGACAGGUCACGCUCGCCGGGGCCCAGGGUCCGCAGGCCCGGCGGGGGUAUGUCAGUGUCACUGGAUGUCAAACAGUAAUAAAUUAAA